GCUACCGAAUCGAUCACGUGAGCGUCCCUUGUCUUGUCAUGUGACUCGUGUCCACUUUUAGCUGCCUCAACAACUGAUUCGGUCAACAAACAUGAGAGCGUGGGUGCAAGUGGAAACAUUGGGCGUCUUGCUACUCCUCCUGUGGGCCGCUCCGGUUCCCGUCCGAACGCGCAGAUGCUGGUCGUUUUUCGGCCGAAAAUGGCUCAACGUCAGCGGCGUCGACGGCGUGGACCCCGGCUCUCCUCUCUUUCUCACGCCUUACCUGGAAAAGGGCGCCAUUGACGAAGCCAGGAAAUUGAGUGUAGUUGGAAAUCUGCCUGGCGAAAAUGUGAAGAGUUAUGCUGGCUAUCUCACUGUCAACAAGGAAUACAACAGUAACCUCUUCUUCUGGUUCUUCCCUGCACUUAAGCCGGCCCCUGACAAUAAGGCCCCUGUCCUGCUGUGGCUGCAAGGGGGCCCCGGAGGCACCUCCAUGUUCGGACUCUUUGUGGAGCACGGACCGUACGUGGUUUAUAAGAACAUGACCGUUGUCCAUUCAAUGAACAACUUCUGUGUCGUUGCAGUGAACCUGAGGGAUUACGCCUGGACUGCCAAAUAUUCAGUGUUGUACGUUGAUAAUCCAGUCGGAACAGGUUUCAGCUUCACGGACGACGACCGCGGUUAUGCUCGGAAUCAGGACGACGUCGGCAGAGAUCUGUACAGUGCUUUGAUACAGUUCUUCCAACUCUUUCCCGAGUACCAGUCCAAUGACUUCUAUGCGACUGGCGAGUCCUAUGCAGGGAAGUACGUUCCUGCCGUCUCUUACUACAUCCAUAAAAACAACCCGACUGCCAAGGUCAAACUCAACUUCAAGGGCAUGGCCAUCGGUGACGGGCUGUGUGACCCGGAAAUGAUGCUGGGCGGCUACGGUGAGUUUUUGUACCAGACGGGCAUGAUCGACCACGUCCAGAAACAGUACGUCAACAAGCAGACCGACUUGUGUGUGCAACUCAUCCAGCAGCAGAAGUGGGUGGAAGCUUUUAAGGUUUUCGACAGCUUGCUGAAUGGCGACCUGGCACCGUACCCUUCCUUUUUCCAGAACGCAACAGGCUGCACCAACUACUUCAACUACAUGUUAUGUCAGGAACCUGAAGACCAGGAGUACUUCUCCGCGUUCGUGACGCUGCCAGCGGUGCGGCGCGCCAUCCACGUGGGCGACCUGGAAUUCCACGACGGCUCGCGGGUGGAAAAGCACUUGAUGCAGGACGUGAUGAAGAGCGUCAAGCCGUGGCUGAGUGUGCUCAUGGACCACUACAAGGUGCUGAUCUACAGCGGUCAGCUGGACGUGAUCGUGGCGGCUCCUUUGACCGAAAGGUUCCUGCCCACCGUCAACUGGACCGGAGCGGCCGCCUACAGGACGGCGCCGCGCUUUCCUUGGAAGCUUCAGCCCGAGGACACGGAGGUGGCCGGCUACGUCCGACAAGUGGGAGAGUUCUACCAGGUCAUUGUCAGAGGAGGCGGACAUAUUUUGCCGUACGACCAGCCGGCGAGAUCUUUGGACAUGAUCGACAGGUUCCUCUCAACGCGAGGCUGGAUGUGAAGAGCUCGGAUUAUCAAGCACUCUUCAAGACUGUUUGCAAAUCAGGUUCUUAUUAAUAUUGCUGCUAAUCCCGACAUGGUAUUUGAACACGCAAUUCUUUUUUUUUUUAUGAGCUCAUUGCCAGUCACUCCAUUGUAAAUGAAAUGGCACAGAAUGUCUUUUAAUCUGUAUAGCUAAUCAUAUGGUUCCCUGAAUAUUUGUAUUUUGUUUUUAUCAUUACCAAUCAUACUUAGUGAUUAUCUUAAAUUCGGAUCUUUUAAAGCAGGCACAUUGUGGCCUAACAUGACUGAAUUUUAGUAUUUUAUUUGAUUUGAUUUUUAUUUUUUUAAAAUUUCUUUCCAAAAGCAAUAUUUUAACUUAAAUUGCUAUGAAAUAAAAGGCACAAUUCAAAAA